AUGGCAAAAGUGCAGAAACGGAUAGAUAACAACAACCUGGUCCCCACGUCUAGUCUGUCAUUAACCGGUUAUACCACUUGUCGUAAACUGGGGCUCGAAAUUAGCCAGAGUGAAAACAUCACAGGAGCUAAAAGCGGUUCACCGUCGUACGGGAGCUUCGGAGGGGAGAUGCUGUCCAUGUUGGUGCUCCUGCUCUGGAGUGUCCACGCAGCUCAGUCCUGUCUGCAGUGUGAGCGCACCAUCAGACUCCUGCAUGAAGACUACAUCUUGUCUGCUCCCUCUGUGAACGACCAAAUUGAACUGAAAAGUAUUUGUGACCAGGCAUAUCAGACCUACAGAGAGACCAGCUUGAAGCAAAAGGGGGUCAUCGAUCCCACCACCCUUUACAGAGCCAGAACUGAGUACCAGAGUGAAUUUGCCCGCUUCCUGGAAACAAAGCACACUGGAUCUUUAACAUUUGAAACUAUUCAAAUCAUGGAGAAAGGCAGGAAGAUUUUAGAGAACCACUUGGACACUUUCAUACGUGACGGACUGUGCCCCAACAAGUGUGGCUUUCUUAAGAGAAGAGUUAUGGAUUGCCUCUCCUGCCGUUACAAGUUGUACACCUGUCCCUCUCCAACUGGUCGGCAGGACUGCGGUGAGCAACCAGUGCAAGCGGAGGAGGGAGGCCAGGCAGUGCUGAGUUGUUUUCGUCCUUGGCAUCGCCUUCUGCAGGGAAAAACAGAGUACUAUUACUCCUGGGUCCCGGGAGCCCCAAAAACCAAAAAGUUGGAUGAAAGUGAUUUCAAGCCCUUGGUGUUGACAGAAGACUCAUCCAUAGUCCUGAAUCAGCUGCACUUGGAUGAACAGGGAACAUAUCGCUGCUCUCUGCAAGACCAAAAUGGGACCAUCUUCUACAGAGUCACUUUCCUACUGACAGUUGCCCCUUUGUCUCCCCAGACCAAGCGACCUUUCGUCACUCUUCCCUCGCUGCCUCGUGGAGACAAAGACUCACUCUUUCAACCUACAGAGGGCCCGUUGGUGCCAGUCAUCGCCACGGUUACAGCUCUGAGUCUCACAGCGAGCGUAGGCCUCACGGCUGUGUUGGGGUGA